AUGAUUUUUCAGAUUGAUAAGGUCGCCUUAAAUUAUGGCAUGCUUGUGUGAUUAAAUUUUCUUAAUGUUUAGUUGCAUAAUUAGAAUUUUGAAGUCCCAGUGAAAUUAAUGGCUAAUAGGGGAGGCAAGCUAUUAUAUGGACUUAAAAUUAAACGGAAUCCUGCAGAUUGAAAACUGCUUGGACUUUAUUUGAAUGGCAUGUGACUGUGGUGGAGGCCGCUGGCCCCGUUUUUCAUUUGUAACAGUAUCCUUUCCUUUGGUCUGUAUUUAAAAGGCAGAAUUAUAUAAUCAGAAUCAGAUACAGGGUUUGGAAAUGAAACUGAGUACCUCUUGAUGUUUUAAAAAUCCUGCUCACUUUAUAGACUGUGAGUUGGCAGUAGUACAAAAGACAUACUCUUGGUUGAUUCGCUUAUUUCUCUGGUGGAUUGUCAAACCAAGGUUUAUUUGGGCAUAUGAUUUAUAAGGUUUUACUUGUACUUUCCUCCAUGAGGGACUUGUCCUUCUCAUACACUCCUAAAUUAAAAAAACAAAAACACCCCCAAAGUACUAGGUGGUAGAAGUCUCACAGAUGGCGCCCAUACACUCCAGAACAGAGAUGAAGGGGUGGGUGUGCCCCAGGAGGCUUAACUGACUUUGGCCACUGCCACACCUCCCUUCAGUCAUGCAGUAAUGACAUUAUCUUCCUCUGGACAUCUGUCUCCCUAGCAGAUAACCUUGGGAAGAGCAGGAUGUUGCCCUUCAUUUCUUUGUGCCCACUGUGCCUGGCCUGUAGCGGGCACCCAGUAGGCCUUUCACAGAGCUGGUUUGUAGCUGUGGCACUGGUGGUCUAACCAGGGCAGGUAUAAUUAAGAAUUCCCGUGAAGUGAGCCAAGAGGCAAGAGGAAGAUGACCAAGGUGGAAAUGCUUGUCCAUUUCUUUUGGCCUUGUCAUCUGAUUGUCAUUAAGUACGCCCUUAUUCCUUUUACAUUCUGGACAUAUGGUCAUAGGCUUGUUUUCACAACUGAGGCUGACCUUUUGAAAAUGCAAUCAAAGAUCUUAGGAUUUGUUUUGGAGCAAUUAAAAUAUUAGACCAAGAAAUGGAUACUGUGGAUCAAUCCCAUGCAGCGUUUUUUUUCUAUCAAAUACUCAGCAAUUUGUAAGAUAAGUAAUAUGGAAAUUGAUGUUCUGUUUGUGAAUCAGAUCAUCUGUUCUUAAAUCAUGUAUCAACCAGUAUGAAUGGCUUAGGCUUUCAAUUUAACCUCUGCAUUAAUCUACACAAUGAAACCAAUGACUGCAAGAAUCUUCAUGUGCAAAAGAUUUGCAAAAGAUACUGCCACCUCCCCAUUUCAACUGUUUUUGACAUCUUGAACAGAAAAGGUAUCUUGCCCCAUUGCUGCCCAGAGACGUCACUGACACCGACAGCAGAGAAGAGGGGAGGGAGGUGGAUUUGAACCACCACCAGGGUCAUCCCAAAGACACAGAGCUUCCUGGGCUCUAUGGCUCCCUCCUCAGGAUCACAAGAGAGAGCCCGCCAGGGAAGUCACCAGCCCUCAGGACACAAGGCGCUGCAGACCAGUGCUUGCAGACAUAGUCAUCCUGAGCAUACAGCUGUUUUCAACCAAAAUGUUUCAAUCUACCUGAAAUCACUUUUCUUAACGAAAGCAACCCCGGCGACACAAAACGUAUUCAGCAUAGGUCAGGAAAUCUCAGUGAGCUGAUGCCUUAUAAAGAUGAACACAGCUUGGGAAUCGAGUCCCACUGGAGUUUGCUGCAAGAUUUGUCCCAAGAAGUGUCUAUAAAUAAUGGAGGCAAGCAGACCAGGCGAAGCAAGUUACUCUGCUUUGUCCUCUCUGAAAGCAUUUCUAGUGAGGAGAGGGCCUCCCACAGCAUUCCUCAGAGGGCACCAGCCUCAACAUUUUGUGGUGAGCAGCAAGUUGAGGGAGAGUUAGCUGCUAAAAAAGUUAGCUCUCCACAGUCCCUGAUAAAUAGCAGGACAGAAGGAACCAGUGGGUUGCGCUAUUUUUGCCACAGGCUCUCAGACCUUUACAAAGAUACCGGUAGUCACCUGCUACAGUCUGGCACAGAGGUGAUCCACCACGGCAGGCAUGUGGGGAGCCUGUGUGACCCCCGUGGGCUCACCUCCCACGUGACAACAUUGAUCAGAAGACUGCCGUUUCUGAAACUCUUUCCCUUGGAUGCACCCCUGAAGUCACAUGGGGGGUCUUCGGAGUCUUGUUCUUUCCCCAGAGAGGCUCAGGCUGGCCACAGCCACAGUGAGGAGGCAGGGACCACUAGGCCGGUAGAGAGUGCGGCGCCUUUCAAAGCACCAGGCCUUCCCACUGCCUCAGGGGCUGCAGGAUCCCCAGGCUCCUGCCCAAGCUCAGUCUGCCGCCUAGGAUAUGAAGGUGCUAGAAGGAGCUGUGCAUUUAAGCAGACCCUUGUGCAGUUCCCAGCCUGGAUGCUGAAACUUCAAGAGCACCCUUUAGAAGACUUUCUUGAGCACGUGGCUCAUUACCUGCCAGAACUUUCGGGUGACAUGAACAGAGUCCAGGGUGUUUACUGGCUUGCUGUUGCUAACUGUGCAGAACCUGACCCUCAGCCAGCAUGUUUGCUCCUGCUUCAUUCCAUGCUAUAUGCUUUGGUUCUUUCAGAUAACCCAUCAGGCUCAGUGGCUGUUUUUCAUGCUCUACCUCUCUCUGGACUAGAGGAGAUUCAAAUUGGCUUUGGUGGGCAGAGCAUCAGAUUCCUGGGCUCUGCAGAGAGUCUCCUGCUCACCGUAUUUAGUUACAACAAAGCCCUCUGUCAGCAGAUAUGCCGUGACCUCCUGACUGUCCUGUUGCCUGAGUCUGAGGUCCCUGCCUGCACUAACCAUCCUUUGUUCCAGCAAGAUCUGGUUCAGCUUUCUCUUGAUUGGAAAGCAGAAAUCCCAGAUUUAGUUUUGACAAACGGAGUUCGGUUGUCAUCCAGAUUCCGGAAUACCUUGGUUGACAUGAUUUACUUUCUUCAUGGAAAUAUGCAAGUCAACAUCCCCUCUCUGGCAGAGGUUCAGUUAUUGCUCUACACGACUGUAGUCAAGGGUGACCCCGCCCAAGACGAGUGCCUGUCGUUAGUCCUUCUGAACACCCACAUUGCCCUUCUGAGGGAAGAUCGAGUUUUCUAUCCCCACGCCCAGUCUCUAAACACACCUCCUCCAGGAACACAAUUUGAUGUGACCAGAUGCCGUGCUUUGAGCGAAUUCAGGUGUGUUGUUGUUUCAGAGAAGAAAACAUUGUCAGCUGUCGAACUUACCUUCUUCGAGAAACUCCAACUCCCAUCCAGUUCAAGAAGUAGCCCAGCCAGGCACUUCGAAGAAGCCCAGAACGUCCAGUUGUUAGCUGGCAUGCUGGGUCUUCUGGGCAGUCAGAAUGCGGCAGCCAAGGUCUGGAAACUGAUCCUCAGCUCUCAGGAUGAGGCUCUGUGGCUCAUCUCACAUUUGACAAGGCUCGAGGAAGGAAACUUGUAAACAUAUUCUGCAUGUUUUUUGAGAUUUUUUAAUAAAACGAACAAGAUGAGAAGAGUCAAGAACUAAGACUAUCUCUGUGUAGCUAAUUGAUCCGAAAUUGGAAAAAUCUAGACCUCCAAAAUAGAAAAUGUAAAUAUUCUAAAUAUUUCCGAUAAAAGAAAAAUAGGGGAUAGCAGAGCACUUAUAACAUAUCUUUAUCACCACCCUGCGUCAUUUUCUUAAACCUCAACCUUGUAAAUUUGGGUCUGCCUCAUUAUUUGUGAGGUGAUUAAAGCAUUUCUGAUUGUUUUUGGCUUCAUGUCGACUUGUAGUAUGGUGGCUUGGAAUCUGUGUCUGCUGGAUUCCGGCAGGCUAAUUUGUGCUGCUUGAGAAAGUGCCCGGUUGGCAGUGACCUUCACUGACAUCCUCUGUUUUCGCCAUGAUUAGGACAGCUCUGUAGCAGAGCACAUUAGUAAUGCAUCAAGCUUCCUGGAAGGACCCAGGGAUUUAAAAUACCCUCCCCUCUAAUACGUGGAAUGGAGGCAGUACCACAUGCCCUGCGGUGUCUUCUUGCUCAGUUAAUUGCCUUUUCCUUCCUCCUCUCAGACUUCUUGACUCUUAUUUUCCAACCUAUGUGAUUUCAGCUCCUUACUUGUUGGUUUAGUUUUGACUCCCCUUCCCCCUAUGCCACAUGCCCCCCACAUGCCAGUUCUUUCUCUCAGUUUCUGUUACUUCUGUCCUAGAAAGGCUCUUCAUCUUCAAGUCUUUUUCUCACAGCUCCUUCAAGUGAUCUUAUCAGCUGGAGGGUCACCUCAGAAGGCCUUUGGCACUUUCCCCUGGCUGCCCUCCCUCUCUGCCUCCCGCUAACCCUUCAUCACUCAUAACCUCUGACCGAGGUGUUCUGCUGGCCUCCCUUCCAAGGUGAGUCACGCCCAUAGUGGCCUCAGGUACAUCUCUCUUCACAAAGUACCAUCUGGUACUCAGCUGCCCUCCUCCUCCGUGAGAGGCUUGAACCUAGGCCCUGUAGAAUCUUCCUCUCCUCUGAGUGACCCUUUCUUUUUAUCCACCUCUGUUCAACAUUCCUAUUGAGGAAUCAGUUUGCAUGUCUUUUAUUUAUUAGUUAUUUCAUUGGAUCCUGGGCUGCUCAGCCAGUGUUCUCCUGUUUCUUGGGUGUGUAUGUUCUACUAAACUCCAGAGUCUUAGAAGGAAGGAGGUGUUCUUCACUGCUCUGUCCUCCCUCUGCCACUUGCAGCCAGGAUCAUGCCAAGCUCAUGGUAGGUACUCAGAGAAUGUUGCAGGCAGUUGAACAAAGCGAUUCCAUGAAGCCAUUUAUUUUAACCCUGGCCUGGAAGGGUCAUUCUCUGUUCUGGGCAGACCUUUGGAUGAUGUGCAGCAUAAAUGUCAUCGCCCCUCUCUUCAUUUCUACUCCUAAUUGACGAGAGGGGCGCUGUCAAAGCUUAGCCCAUCCCAAAAUUCAGUGUCUCCCUUUGGCCAGGAAGUAAGGACCUUCUGUCUUUCCCCAUCAGAAUUAAAAGCUACUUAAUGUGUUCUCCAUCUCGUCAUUAAUUUUCCUCUAGCCAGGUCUGGGGCAGCAAAUAGGAAAGGGCAGGAAACUGGAGGGCACAUUAGGAUGCACACACUAUGGCUGCUGCCUUGUCUGCAGUAACCAAGUGGAGGCUUUUUGUCUUUUUGAGGCAAUAGAAUUCAGAUGUUUUUAGAUGGAGCCUGUUUUUGUCCCUUCCACCCCCUCAAUACACACACACACACACAAACACACACACACACAAACACACACACACACACACCCUAUUGCCGUAUACAUAAGGGUUUUGAGUCUCUGAUGAGGACAUCGUUAGAAUUAGUUAGCUUGUCACAUUCUUGGCUGGAAGAUCUUCUCUUGUGGAAGAAAUUUCGCAAAUAAAGCAUAGUAGUCUUCUAAUAUCAAUAAUUUUCACCUAAUUUCAAUUUUUUUUUUUGCUUUUUUCAGCAAAUACUUUCUUAAAAACUGCCCCAUUUGAGCAUUUUCUCAAAUAUCCUUGAUCGGAAGAACAGAAUUAAUGAUCAUAAAGAACAGAGGGAGUGAAAUUUAAGAUGCCAGCAGAGGGAUGCUAUAGUUGGAAGGGAAACAGUACAUAAACAGUACAAAGAUUUUAACAAAGAGUGAAAAAUAUUAGACUCGUUUGUCUUCAUAGGUUAAAAAAAACAUAGUUCUACUAGGUUAUGAGUUAUGGUCUUUAAUAUUGUUCAUAGAUGGAGCAUGCAGCAAAUAUGAGCAUUGCAUAGAAGUCGUAUUAUUCAUUGUAACUUCUUCAGUCUGCUUUAUGAUCCAGACAGGUCACAAUGAGGAUUACAUUCAGAUCUCACCACAUAAUAGAAGCAGCCUCCGGCAGUUCAAAUUUUACAUGUCUCUUCUCUCACCUAAGCAUACUUUUUACUUUGGGAGCAAGUGUGGUUCCCUGAUAUGAAAAUUUGAUUUACCAUCCAUGAAGUAAGUACUAAGGUUGUCAUACCUUAGGUUGUCCCUGUAGAAGCCAGCGGAUUAGUCUUUGCACCUUUGCCCACUGUGGCUUCAGUCCUGGUGGCCUCCCUCCAUCUCCACUGGCUCAUUCUUUAGGAGUUCUGAGCCCAUGACGCUACUAUAGGGAGCAGGUGUGAGCAUCUCCAUAUCCAGCCUAACGUGGGAUCUUCUUAGUUAUAAUGAGUUCCUGCGUCAGAAAAAAAAAAAAACUAGGUUCAUACAUACUUUGUUAUGUGGCAUUUCCAUUGUUGUCGUAUGGGCAUAAACAUUUACAUUGUGGAACUUGUUAAUGCAUUCUAGACAGUACCUCUUUGAGUACUUUGAAAUAGUGAUUUCAUCUGAAUUUGAUUAAAAUCCAUUUUGCUCGCAGCUUCCUGUUUUACAGACUUGUGGUUGGCAGGGUGAAUUUAUUUAGUCUUUGUUGAAAAACAUUUCAAAACCAUUUGUCUACCCUUU